AUGCUUUUUCGAUUAGAAGCGACACAACUUUUGGUUAUUUUGUCUUUUUUCAGAUGAAAACUGCCUUUUCUUAACAAAAACGUCAUCAGAACACUAAAAAACGUUUUUUUUUAUUGGAACUGUCACAAAAUCUAAAGAAGAAAUCGCUCUCAACUUUUUUUUGAACUGUUUUCAUAUUGUUCUCGAAAAUAUCCAGUAUUUCUUAGGGAGGCGAAGUGCGUCGAGAUGGCAAAAGCUCACUCGCUCAUGUUAUUUUGGCUGGUCAAGGAGCUGAAGGCGCAAAUCCAAAAGGAGUUGCAGCUCAAACUGUGCUCCUAACGCAACUUGGUCAAUCUGCUUCAGUAAAGUAAGUGAUUCAAAAUAUGUAGCAAAGGGAAGUAUCGAACUCGAUCAUUUUUCGAUCAGCGGAAGAAUUCUUAAAGAGAAAGUUGUUCUUCUCCUCCGCAACAGUAGGAUUUAUUUCGAUUAAAAAGGGAUAAAAAAAACUUUUUGCAGAUUUCACGGGUAAUUCAAAUUAAAUUUCGAAAAAUACUCUAGAAGUUUUAAAUUUGCCUCUUUUCCCCCUAAGAUUUCUCAAAGGAAUAUCAUGCAUGAUCGUUUUCAAGGUUUCAAACGACGGCUGGUGGAGACUUGGGCCGUACCGUUUCCAACAAGGCUUCAGCCAGCGGAUUCCAAACGGUUUACGCCGAUGCCGGUCUUGCUGGCGUCUAUGUCGUCGGCGAGAGCAACAACAUCCGGGAAGCUGUCAAGAGCGCCGCUCAGGCUCUCAAAACGUUCAAAGUUGGCGACAUUGAAGGUAUGUUCACACAUGAAUUAAUCGCUCAUUCAUAUUACUGUUUCAAGUUGCCAAGAAGAAAGCGUUGAACAACGCUCUCCGAGCCAAAGCUCAUACCGAUAGCCGCUCGAUUGAGAGAGCCACUCAAGUGCUAACUGCCGGUGAAGGAUGCUAUAUCAAAGCUAUUUCUGAGGUGAUUUUUCUCGAACGUUCGGAAACCUUUGAUAAUUCAGUUGACGAACUAUUUUUUGAAAUAGGCUGUUUUUUUUUGAACAUCUCAACAAAAUCUGACCGGUAAUAAUUUGACUUCCAAUUGCAGGUUAAAACAAGCGAUGUUGAAGCGGCAGCCAAAAAAAUCGUGUCGAAGCUUUCGAUCGCCUCCUACGGCAAUGUUGAUAACGUUCCUUACCUUGACGAAUUGUAG